AUGGAUGAGUCAGUGAAGAACCCUCAAAAAAGGAAAAACAAUUAUUUAAAAAAUAAAGAAAGGAUAGAAAAAUUAAAGUUCGAACGAAAUCAAAGAAGAAAAAUAAAACAUGAAAAAAAUGAAACAGAAAUAAAAGAUGGACAACAUGAAAAAAAUGAAACAGAAAUAAAAGAUGGACCAUAUGAAAAAAAUAAUAAAUUUAAAAAAUAUGGAUUAUGUGUUGGAUAUAUAGGAACUAGAUAUCAUGGUUGUCAAGGACAAGGAAAAGAAUAUAUGACAAUAGAAAAUGAAAUUGAAAGAACAUUAACAAAAAUAAAUGCAGUAAAAAAAAAUUCAAAGGGUUUUAAUUAUUGUCUAUCUAGAUCAGCUAGAACUGAUUUAGGAGUACAUGCUCUAUACAAUCUUUUUGUUUAUAACAUUAAUAUUGAUGUUUGUGAAAGUGAAAAUGGGAAUGAAAAUGACAAUAAUAAAUCUGAAAACGGUUUAGUAAAUAGUGAAAUUAACUCACCAAAAUGUGAUCAAAAUCAAAAUCCAGAAAAUGUUAGUGAAAAUAAUAAUUCACCAAACCCUAAUAAUGAUAAAAAAAAUGACACAUUUGAAGAAAGAAAAAAAAAAGAAAAAAAAUUUAUAAAAUUAUUAAAUUCAAACUUACCAAAUGAUAUAAAAUGUUUUGAUAUUUAUAAAGUUACAAAAAGUUUUGAUGCAAGAAAGUUUUGCUCCUUUAGAUUAUACGAGUAUUUGUUUCCAACAUAUGUUUUGAGUCCUGUCCAGGUUGUUCCAAAAUAUGAAAAAAUUUUUAACGAUUGCGUAAAAAGUAUUGAUGAGUAUGUAGAAAAUGACAAGGAAGCAAAAAAGAAAAAGAAGGAAACCGAAAAGGGAAAGGGAAAAAAAUAUUAUGAAGAAAAUGCUAACAAAAUUGACAAACCAGAUGAAGAAAAUGACAACAAAAUUGACAAGCCAGAUGAAGAAAAUGCUAACAAAAUUGACAAACCAGAUGAAGAAAACAAGGUAGAGAGUAAAAAAACAAAUGGGAAAGCCUGGGGAUUAGAAGCAGAAGAUAUAUUUACAAUAAAAGACGAAAAAACUGAUUUAACAGAUGAUGAGUUAAAUAAUUUAUUUGAAAUUUUUAGCAAUUAUAGAGGAUAUCAUAAUUUUCAUUGUUUUACAAAAAAUAAUAUAGAUACAACAACAUUUAGAUAUAUAAAAUAUUUUGAUGUAAGUACUGUCAAAUUAUAUGAUCAUAAUUUUAUAUCAAUAAGAAUAUUAGGUCAAUCAUUUUUAAUGCAUCAGAUUAGAAAAAUGAUAACAUUAGCUGUUGAAACAUUUCGUAAUGCUACUUCAAAAAAUUCUAUUUAUUAUUCUUUAAAUACAAAAAAUUAUAUUCCUAUAUUAUUAUUUCCACCUGAUGGAUUAAUGCUUGUAUGUCCUUACUUUAAUUCAUAUAAUGAAAAAGUUUGUAACCCUCCUGAUACACUUCAAAUAUGUUUUGAUGAAAAUGAAGAAAUCCUAAACUUUAAAAAAGAACAAAUAGGAAAAUCAAUCAUAGAAAAAAUAAACCAAAAUGUGUGGAAAGAUUGGAUGGUUAGGGUUAAUAAAUAUCCUUUCAUUUAUCAUUUUAUGAAAAACAAAAUUGAAGAAGAAAAAAUGAAAACUUAA